AUGGAAGACGAAUCCCCUAUCAAUCCUCCCCUGGAUUCCUCCACCUUCGUUCCUCCUAGCGUGAUCUCUGAACAUCUUCUCUCCGGCGAAUCCUACGCGUACUACACGCCAUGUCCAAAUAAAAUUACGCCUCAGAAUAACUCACUCAGCACUCACGAUACUGCUGAGAGUACACCGUGCGUAUUGGGCGUCGAUGAGGCCGGCCGAGGUCCAGUGCUAGGGCCAAUGGUGUACGGCGCCUUCUACCUUCCUCUGGAUCUCCAUCACUCGCUCUUGACCGAGCAGCACAGCUUUGACGACAGCAAAGUGCUCACACCCGCAGUGCGAGCAAAUCUGAUGCACCUGCUGAACACACCUGGAGACUCGUUGUUUGAAUCUUGCGGGUAUGCGGUCAAAGUACUUUCAGCCCGCGACAUCUCUUCCGGCAUGAUGAGAUCACCCACCGCAGUAUACAACCUGAACGCGCAGGCCAUGGAUGCGACAGUGGAGAUUAUUCGCGGGGUGGUCGAAGAUCGGGGAGUGGAUGUCCGAGAGGUGUACAUUGAUACGAUUGGCAACCCGGCGACGUACCAACAGAAAUUGGAGCGGAUCUUUCCAUCUCUCAAGAUCACGGUGGCCAAGAAGGCCGAUUCCCUGUAUCCUUGCGUCAGUGCCGCUAGUGUGGCAGCCAAGGUGACGCGUGAUGUGGCCCUGGAAAUCAUGUAUGAGGCUGUGCUUCGGGCUGAGCAGUCACUGGGCCCGGCCCUCGAGACCUGGGGAAGCGGCUAUCCUUCAGAUUCCAAAUGUGUCGGCUGGCUGCGACGCACCAUGGAUCCUGUGUUUGGGUGGGGCAACGAGUGCCGAUUCAGCUGGGGCACCGCGAAAGAGAUGCUUGAAAUGAAAGGCGGAGCACGGGUCGAUUGGCCUGCGGAAGAGGACGAAGGUGCUCCGCGGCUUGACGACUUUUUACUGUCAUCGGGCGGUAAAAGUACAAAUAAGGAUGGGCUACGAGAUUGGUAUGGCCACAGGCAAGCCGAGAUUCUCUGA